AUGGCGAGCAAAAGAAAAUCACAAAAUAAAAUUCAGAGUAGAACCGCUAAAAAGAGAAGACAGGAAGAUUUAUUAUUGUCUCAGAAUGGAUUUAAUGACACCGACGUUACUCAAUCAUCUACAGAACUAACUAACAAUAAAAGAAAACACAAUAGAUCCACCUCUUCCUGGGAUGACGAAGAGCAAGAUUAUGAAUUAAAACCCCGUACCUUGAAGGGGUUUGAAAAUUCAGGUUUACAAGAAGGGUUGCCUAUUAAAAUUGAUGGUAAAAUAUCAAGGACUGUUAGAGAACGAAAGGAAGAAAAGUAUGAAGAUGAAGAUGAACCAGAAAUAGAAGAUACUGAAGAAAAAGAUGAAGAUGGAGAAGAAGAAGAAGAAGAAGAAGAAGAAGAAGAAGAAGAAGGAACAAAGGCAGAGGCAGAUACUGAGGAAAAAAUUAUCCAAUUAAAGGAAGAUAUUGCAACAUUGGCUGAAAAUAUUCUAGAAGAACCAGAAGAAAAUGUUGAAUCAUUAACACGUUUAAGGAAAAUGACCGAAUCUAAAAAUCCAAACACUUGUAAAUUUUCUAUGCUGGCCUUGGUUCCUGUUUUCAAAUCCAUUGUUCCAGGGUACAAAAUUAGGCCAUUAACUGAAAUGGAAAAGAGGGAAAAGGUUUCUAACGACGUUGCCAAAUUAAGAAGGUUUGAAGAAAAUUUAGUGGCAAAUUAUAUUGCAUACGUCGAUAAUCUAGCCAAAUUAGUUCGUGUACCAAAUAAUGAGGAUCCAAUCAAGGUAAACUUAGGAAAUUUGGCUGCACAUGCCGCUGGCGAAUUGACAGGUAGUUUCUCGAAUUUUAAUCAUAGCACUGAGUUGCUUACUUUGGUUAUUCGUCGUAUCUGUAAACCAGCUAUCAGUAAAGAUCCAUCAGCCCAUAAAUUGAUCAACACUUUAGAAAAUUUAAUGUACGACGACGAUGAAGGUAACGUCACUUUAGAAAUUGUGAGAAUAUUGUCCAAGACUGUGAAGACCAGAAAUUUCAAUAUCGAUGAAUCUGUCCUAAACAUUUUAUUAUCGAUGGAUAUUUUAGAUGAUUAUGAUCCAUAUGUAGAGGAGGAGAAAAAACUUAAAUUAAGAAAAAAGGAUAGGGUUCAUUUGUCUAAAAAGGAACGUAAGGCAAGAAAAGAAAGAAAGGCUAUCGAGGAAGAAAUGCGUGUGGCCGAGCAAGCAGUUUCUGCCGAACAAAGGGAAAAAAAUCAAGCUGAAAUUCUAAGAUUAACGUUGUCACUGUACCUAAAUGUCUUGAAGGCAAAUACUCAAGACUUAAUAGGCUCGGUGUUAGAAGGGUUAUCUAAGUUUGGUCACAUGGCCAAUUUUGAUUUGUUGGGGGAUUUUUUGGAGGUUAUGAAAGAGUUGAUAUAUGAUGCAAACUUAGAAGAUUUGUCCUCUAAAGAGGUGAGAAAAGUUCUUUUAUGUAUUGUAACUGCAUUUUCAUUGGUUAACAACCAUCAUGCAAUGAAAAUAUCAGUAGAUCUAUCAUCUUUUGUAAAUGCUUUGUAUGCAAUAUUGCCAAAUGUAGCACUUGACGCUGAUAUAGAAUUUUCUUACAAAAGUUUGAGAUUAGCUGAUCCAUUGACACAAAAAUUAGUCAAGCCGUCAGUAAAUGUUUCGACAAAGGCAGAGCUGUUGCUAAAGGGUCUUGAUCACCUGUUUUUUAGAUCCAAAUCAGGCACUAAGCAAAGAGCAGCUGCGUUUGCCAAAAGACUUUACAUUUGUGUUUUAAAUACCCCGGAAAAAACAUCUGUUGCUAUUCUAAAGUUUAUUGAUAAGCUAAUAACCAAAUAUCCCCAAUUGUGUGGAUUGUAUUCUACAGAUGAAAGCAUUGGUAAUGGUCAUUUCGAUAUGAUAACUGAUGACCCAACAAGGAGUAAUGCGGAUGCAGCUAUUAUAAUGGAAAAUGUUUUACUAAAAUCACAUUUUUCUCCAUCUGUAAGGGAACUCUCAAAGAGAUUGGUACAAAGAUCCAAAGAUUUAAAUAUUACUAAUACUAAUACUAAUACUAAUACUAACACUAAUACUAACACUAACACUAAUACUAAUACUAACACUAAUACUAAUACUAACACUAAUACUAAUACUAACACUAACACUAACAUUAACACUAACACUAACACUAACACUAACACUAACACUAACACUAACACUAACACUAACACUAACACUAACACUAACACUAACACUAACACUAACACUAACACUAACACUAACACAACCACCACCACAACCACUACCACUACACUACUAUACAGAUUUUAG